UAUUUUCAGACAUAUAUUUUAAUUUGGUCACUAAAACUCACCAUCAUUGGCCAUAAUCUGACACAAAGCGAUGGAACUUUUACCACUUAUAGCCCUGCUGAGUCUUAUCAACACGAUCCUGCCAGAUUUCAUACGGAACUACCUGAAAGUGUCACGUUUUUGGAAGACUAGCCGAGCGGACGGACGGCUGUGGCAAUCCGAGAUAGAUGCUGCCCGGGAGGAGUUGGAAAAUGUGCGCAAUGCGGAACAUUCGGGGGAGUACGUCAAGGCCAUUAAAACUCUGCGCGCGGAACGGAAAGUCGCCGAUGCAGAGGCCAAAUUCAAGUCGGCCAAAAAUAUAGACGCCUUCAAGGAGAUGGGAAUCGAUACGGUGGCAUAUUACGUAUCCAAAGUACUGUUGGCCCUGAUCCUUAUCGUUGUCAGCAUCCUGAAUCGCAGCACACCCGUGAUAGUCAUCGACUUGCGCAUCAGCCUGGCGCCAUUUACGGGCCUCCUGAGUUUUCCCACUGGCGUGUACAAUGCCAUUUCGGUGCCCGUCUGGGCAUUCUCCUGUAAUGUUACCUUUCGCUUGAUUUACAAUAUGAUAAUGAAGCGCGAUGCGUGAGUGAAGUGGAAUGGAUGGACCCAAGGAACCAAAACUGUGCGUUUAAAUGCAAUGGAUAUAUAGAAGGCGCUCGACAUACAUUAAAUUUUCUGUUAUGCUUGGCAAACGCUUCGUAAA